AUGCUUUAUUGUAACCUGAUAUAUGGCAAUGUACUAUAUUUUAUUAUUUUAUUUGAAUAUGCACAAGGAUAUAAAAUUGAUUUCAGUAUCAAUGACAAUAAAGUUGACAAUACUCUAUCACUUUUGGAUGAGCAUAAUGUCAAAGAUAGCUUUACUUCACCAGAUAGACUUUUAAAGUAUAAUAUUGAUGAUGGUGACACAAAGAGUAUGCUUGAUAAGGAAAUUCACAUCUCUACAAUACAAAAUAUUCAAAAAUACUUGACUUCAAGCCUUGAUCAUCCGGAAAAAAAGAAAAUAACUGUAGAGAAUUUGUUAAAAGAAAACUCUACCUCUUCACCUGGAUGUGAUAUUUCAGAUUAUACUCCUGUGGAUUUCUCCCAAGAUAUUUCUCACAUUAAAGCUUCCAAAAAUAGUAGCCUAUCUAAUAUUCUAAAUGCCCUUAAUCAAAAUUGGAAACACCUCUCAAAGAUAUCAAAUGGAUCAUUUUCGGAAAAAAGCACAUUGAUCGAUACUGGUCUUCCCUUCUUUAUACCAGGGGGUAGAUUUAGGGAAUUCUAUUAUUGGGAUUCUUAUUGGAUUCUUAAGGGAUUAUUGGGGUUAAAAAUGGAAGUUUCUGCUAAAAAUUUAAUUUUGAACUUAAUGAGAAUGAUUGAACUAUUUGGAUUCAUACCAAAUGGUUCUAGGAUAUACUAUAUUGGAAGGUCACAGCCGCCAUUGUUUACCCAAAUGAUCUAUUUACUGUAUGAAUAUGAUUCUGAAAUGUUUGGAAAGUUUGUUUUGGAAGAAGCUUUGAAUGCUGCUAUUAUUGAGUAUAAAUGGUUAGAAGCUAAUAGGAAAGUAAAGAUCACUAAGAAUGGAAAGGUAUUCUACCUAAAUAGAUAUUAUGAAAAUUCGCAAAUACCCAGAUUGGAAUGCUUCAGGGAAGACUUGGAUGUAUUUAAUGAAAAGAUUAGCAAUCAACCAUUACAUAGUAAGAAUAUAUCCAACAAAUCGUUACGUGUAAAUCCAUUAGUAAGCGGUAUAUAUUCUGGUAAAAAUCAAACGAGAAAUGAUGUAUAUCAAGAUAACUUGAUUGAAGAAGGUGAUGGCCAUUCUGAUAGAUCAAAUUUAAAAAAUAUUCUAUCUAAUAGUUAUGAUAUUCUGGAAUUAUUUACUCAUAUUAAAUCUGCAGCUGAAUCUGGCUGGGAUUUUUCUUCUCGAUGGCUUGGAGAUGGGAUUAAUCUCAGAACAAUACACACUGCAGAUUUUAUACCAGUUGAUCUCAAUGCAAUAAUCUAUAAAAAUGAAAAGAUUCUUUCAUAUUUACUCAAAAUUAAAGGAAAUAGUAAACUGAGCGAUAAAUUUGCAAAGAAAGCUCACAAAAGGCUCAUUGCAAUUCAACAAGUCUUAUGGAAUGAUGAGCUAGGCGUUUGGAAUGAUUUUGAUUUUAAGAAUCAGAAGCUAAACGAUUCAAGAUUUUAUUUCAGUAAUAUUACACCUUUAAUAUUUGGUAUUAAUCCUCCUAUUGGGAACUAUAGGCAGAUUUUAUUGAGAUAUAGCAAGACACUUUUUGGAUAUCCAGGCGGUAUUCCAGCAAGUGAUAAUUACAUUGAUGAUAAAAAGUGUGCUCUUGAACUUGUGUUUUUACAUCAAUGGGACUUUCCUAAUGUUUGGGCGCCUCAUCAGAGUAUGAUGGUAGAUUUUCUGAUUGAAAAAGGCGAAAGUUCAUUUGCUUUACACGUAGCUAGGACAUUUUUUAACAACGUUAAUGCUGGGUUUAAGAAACAUGGAGUAUUUUUCGAAAAAUAUCUGUGUAAUAAUUCUGGAUUAACGGGAAAUGGUGGUGAAUAUCCUCCUCAGGUUGGUUUUGGAUGGACAAAUGGAACGAUCAUUGAUUUUAUUAUAAAAUUUGAUGGAAAAAUUUCAGAAGCUUUUGAUCAUAAAAAAUCAUAUGAAGAAAUUCUAAAGCAGUUAAAAUAUUCAAUAAAUAACAAUGUAUGA